UCUCUUGCAUGCGCAGUGGGCACCCGGCUGUAGCCGCUCCGCCUCCCUCCCUAAAGGUCUGCAGUGUCUGGUCAUGCCCUGUACUGUCUGCAGUCUCUGGUCAUCCCCUGUACUGUCUGCAGUCUCUGGUCAUCUCCUGCACUGUCUACAGUCUCUGGUCAACUGUACUGUCCGCAGUCUCUGGUCAUCUCCUGUACUGUCUGCAGUCUCUGGUUAUCCCCUGUACUGUCUGCAGUCUCUGGUCAUCUCCUGUACUAUGUCCACAGUCUCUGGUCCAUCUCCUGUACUAUGUCCGCAGUCUCUGGUCAUCUCCUGUAGUAUGUCCGCAGUCUCUGGUCCAUCUCCUGUACUGUGUCCGCAUUCUCUGGUCAUCUCCUGUACUAUGUCCGCAUUCUCUGGUCAUUUCUCCUAUACUGUGUCCGCAGUCUCUGGUCAUCUCCUGUAGUAUGUCUGCAGUCUCUGGUCCAUCUCCUGUACUAUGUCUGCAUUCUCUGGUCAUCUCCUGUACUAUGUCGCAUUCUCAUCUCCUG